UAAGCAUCUGAAGCGUAGAAGAAGACGCCCAUUGAGUGCCAUGUUCAUUUGCCAAAUGUUUACUUAAAAUUCUAAAUUAAAAAUGCGCUUUGCUUGAUCAUUUACCUUAAUACAUUUGUACAAUUCAACUUGUGAUGUUAAAAUGUCAACGCUCGUCUUAGACAAUGGCGCGUACUUCGCUAAAAUCGGGUACAGUCAUGAGAAAGUCAGUGUUAUCCCAAAUUGCCAAUUCCGUUCGAAGACCUCCAGACUGAAAACAUUCACUGCUAAUCAGCUGGAUGAAAUCAAAGAUCCGUCUGGACUCUUCUACAUCCUUCCUUUUCAAAAGGGGUUCCUUGUAAACUGGGAUGUGCAGCGCAAAGUCUGGGAUCAUCUGUUUGGAAAAGAGAUGUUUAAGGUGGACUUUGCAGAUACCAACAUUGUGAUAACAGAACCGUACUUCAACUUCAGCUCAAUUCAGGAAUCCAUGAAUGAGAUUUUAUUUGAAGAAUAUCAGUUCCAGUCAGCACUCAGAAUUAAUGCUGGAUCUUUGAGUUCUCAUCGGUACUUCCAUGAGAAUAACUCCGAGCUGUGUUGCAUUGUGGUGGACAGCGGCUUCUCCUCCACGCACAUUGUUCCCUAUUGCAGAGGAAGAAAGAUGAAGGAGGGCAUUUGCAGGAUAACUGUAGGAGGAAAGCUGCUCACCAACCAUUUGAAGGAGAUCAUUUCAUACAGGCAGCUGCAUGUGAUGGAUGAGACUUAUGUGAUCAAUCAGGUCAAGGAAGAUGUGUGUUAUGUGUCACAAGAUUUCUGCAAGGACAUGGAGAUUGCACAAUUGAAAGGAGAAGAUAAUACAGUUAUGAGAGAAUAUGUGCUGCCGGAUUUCAGCUCUAUCAAAAAGGGAUUUUGCAAGCCUAGAGAGGAGAUGAAUUUUACUGGCAAAUAUAAAACUGGGGAUCAGAUUUUGCGGCUCACCAAUGAGAGGUUUGCAGUGCCAGAGAUGCUCUUUCACCCCUCUGACAUUGGCAUUCAGGAGAUGGGCAUACCUGAAGCUUUGGUCAACUCCAUUAACAACAUGCCAGAAGAGAUGCAGCCCCACUUCUACAAGAACAUUGUUCUUACUGGCGGCAACACCUUGUUCCCUGGAUACAGAGAUCGGGUUUACAAAGAGGUCCGGGCACUCGCUCCUGUAGAAUAUGAAGUUUCUGUCGUUCUGCCACAGAAUCCUAUUUGUUACCCUUGGGAAGGAGGAAAGUUAUUGGCUGAAAACCCUGACUUUGAAGAGAUGGUGGUCACGCGAGAGGAUUAUGAGGAAAAUGGACACUAUGUAUGCGAGGAGAAGUUUGAUGUUUAACCUGCACAUGAAUUGUCUGUCAUUUUGCACAGAAAAUGUGAACCCUGUAUGUGUUGUAUGAAAACUAAGCUGUACAUUACACUCAAUAUUACUCAAGUCAACAUACCUUUUGACUUUAAAUGUCAUAAUUUUGUUGUUCCCCCCCUUUUUAUAGAACUCUUUGUAUAUGCAUUAUAUUAAAAUAAUGUGAA